GAACGUGCAGGUAACUUCAGGGUCACAGAACAUACUUAUUGUUAACGAGUUACAUAAUUUCUUCAAGGAGUUGUUGCACAUUGACUCUAUUAUGAGUGGUUUCACUCAGAAAAUAUGUUAUCUUUUAUUAAACGCAAUGGACUGUUCGGACUUCUGUUUUCGGCUUUGUUGUUAACAUAAAUGGCUGUAGAUAUUAUUUCGAAUUAAGAUAGAAGGUUUAGGACAUAGAGUUUAAGUUAAGGUUUAGGACUAUGCAUCAAAUUACAUAUACGUUAACUAUAAAUCACAGACUAUGAUCUUAACUGUAACCCUGAAUCCUAUCGAGAAUUUUAAUUAUAACAUUUAUGUAUGCGUAUAUCCUAAUUCGCAGUCACAAUCUCUAUCCAUAUCUAUCCAUACUUACUGCUUUCUGAAUAACUGAAUAAAAUCUGACAAGGUAGUUUAAAGACGCUCAAGUCCGCUCUUAUAUUUGUGUAGCCGGUGCUUGAAGCUGUUUUUCCAUUCGUUUAAAACAUCACUGAGCCAAGAGGCUAUAGUUAGCCGUCGUAAUAUUAGAAAUUCUGGUGUGGAUAAAAAAGAUUAUUUUAUCGUCGCUAGUAAAACUACGAUAAGCACCAUGAAAAAUCCCGUUGCAAAACGAGAGAAGUCUUCGAUAAAGAACGAACUUUUAUAGAACAGCAAGCUAAUCUUACGUGAGAGUUAUAUCUCGAGUCAUUUCAACUGAUAGUCUGAAUAUAUAUCAGUGACUUAAAAGGUCAUAAUAUAAAAGGUCCAAUUGAUGGUGAAUAGAAAUAAGCGAGGAGACAAAAGAAGGAAAGAUCGAAUUGUGCCUGGUACUAUUGCGUGAAGCAUGGAGGGAUCGGGUGACUCGGAUCCUUAAUCCAGACUUCCACAUGCUUCAGAUUAAGUUGAGCUGUUUGUCUGUGGCAUAUUCCCGAACUAUUCUUCAGGUGUUCAUGUCAAAAACUAAUAAGCUUAAGCAAGAGAGCCAAUUGUAGUAUUGAUCCCUCGCCACGUAAACUUCUUAAAGUCUGAGUAACAAAAUUUCAAGUUAACUUGUUCCCCGGAGAAAGAUAAUAACGAUACGCGGGUGUAACUGGAAGAUAAAAUUAGGAGGAAGAUGGAUCCAGCUGAAGGAGUAACCUGGAGAUUGUUUAGUGCGACUACGAACUACUACUCGCUGCUUAUUAAAAUAAACAAGACCGAUAUGGUUACUCAAGAAAGCAAAUAAUACUGCAGAAGGAUGCUUUAUUCAGCAAUUACUAAUUAAUACAUUCAUAAUGAAAAUGAAUAUCAUUUUAAAUCUUCGGUCAAUAAAUAAAUUUGGAUGAAAGCAACUGGAGUUAGUUAAUAAUCUGACGUGUAGUAUAACUUUCAUAGUUAAUAAAUUAAUUGACUUGACUGAAAAAUAGGACUCAUCCCUAGUUUAUGUGUUUGCUUCAUUUCUAACAAUACUUCUAGGCUAACUUUGCUGUUCUUUUCGUAAAAUAAAUGAAAAAUAUUGUUUGGACUGGUUUUCUACGUCAUGAGGAAGGAAUAUUUUUCUGACGAUUGGACAACACGCCAUUAGGUCACGUCUUUCAUGUUUGACUUAUCUGAUUCCGAAAUUGCAACAAUAUGCAAAGGCUGAAGACUUGUGUUUGUAAGCGGUGAAUCCUAGCAUGCUCAUGGCAUGGUAGGUCGAUCAUUGUGACAAAUUAUUCAGGUAGAUAAUAGAUGGCCCAAAAUGCCCUGGUACGGCAGAGAGUGGGGAGAGUCUGCUCUCCCUCUCGAAAUGCUCUCAUAUGGCCAUGCAAAUAUAUAGCCUCUGCCAGGGAAGUCCUACUCACUGCCUUCUCGUGGCGGGGGUAUUGUUCACAAAAGUGAGAGGACGAAAAGCAAAUGUCCGGCGCUUUAACCGGGUUGGUGGAUGUGGAGGAUCCACCUAGGGGAGUUGGAAAACCCUGGUUUCAAACCAAUGGUGUACAUGGGCUCCAGUAUCCCGAGGGAACGAAUCAAUCGUUGAUCACCGGUUACCAUGGGACUGCAUCUCCUCACGAUGCUCCACUGCCUUGUGGAUCAGAUCUUUCGGUCAAAGACUCCGGGUGUGGGCCCCUAAGAAAACCACCUGCUUCAGUCUGGGCACCUGGGCAGUAUCACAGCCCUCACACAAAUCGAAUGAGAUUUGUGAGGCGCAUAUUUAUCUGGUGCUUUUUGUACCAAUAUUUAUGUGUUUAAAUAAAUAAAUAAGAUGAAAUGCUUUCAACUAACACCAAUAAUAAGAGUUUAAAACUCACAGUAAUUAAUGAGCACAGAGUCACGGGUAACUAAGAUGACCAUUGCCAAAAGUUUCCUUAUUUUGUAAGUAAUCCGUAAAGCCUGUUGUAACUUAGAAAAAGGGAUAUUUAGGAUAUUCUGCCUGACGUACGUGAGACCUUAUUUGGAAUACCGAGUUCAAUCAACGAAUCCUUGUUCCAAAUAUGAGACGAAUAUGCUAGAAUGUGUUGAAUGACGAAGAACCAAACUUGCCUUAUCAACAGACUGGGAUACCUCAACCCAUUUCUGUUAUCCAGUAGUAGGUUGCAAGGUGAUGUAGUGCCAUGUACUGAACGAUGGUUUUGGUACUAAUAUAUUUUAUCUUUUUCUUCAGGUAGUCUGAAAGGACAUUCUCAGAUAGUUCCGAACCAAGAUCAAAUGGUCUAAGUCUGGAGUUGUUACUAACUGGAAUUCUCUGUCAGAAGACGUAGUAUCAGCACUUGCUGACACAUUCAAAGAGACAUUGAGUCUUCAUAAUACUAAAAAUCUCGAGGGUUAACAUGGAUCACUUGACCUCUUACCCUUACCCCUGAAGACUGAUUGCACCUUAUGGGCUUACUGAGUUUUUGGCUCACAUCUCUUGUUCAUCUCUCUUCAGAAUUUCCACUGUUCUCUGCAUGUUUUCCCAAUACUGAAGCUGCUUGCAGGGUAGAAUCGAAUAGCUGUAUAUUUUCAUCUCAUGGAGGGAUUUACUUCUAAGUCAAUAAUGUAUGAACUGCUCGAGUACGAAGCUUCUAUUCUUGUCGAUAUUCACCACGAGAGCUCAUUGUUGGUGCUUGCUGAUGGUCUGGGAAUGGAUACAAUUAUUUAUAACACACUAAGAUUACAUUCAGAUCCUCACAACUUAGUGCUUGUUUCGAACUAUCGUAUUCCAGAAGCUCGUUUUCUAACAGGUAUACUGGAAAAGAAUGGUAUAAUCCACUCCCCUGGGAUAAUUACUGCUGAGGUAAAUAAUAAGGAACGUGAGGCAAUUUACAAGCGAGGUGGUGUGGUAUUUGUCAGUUCUCGCAUAUUAGUUGUGGACUUACUGAUGGAAAGAAUGCCUGUCUCUUUGGUUUCUGGUGUCUUAAUUCUUCGGGCACAUGAGCUACACGAGGCAUGUCAAGAUAGUUUCGUUAUUCAGCUUCUCAGAGAACGCAAUCCCCAAUUGUUUAUCAAGGCUUUCAGUGACAACUCAUUGUCUUUGACUUCUGGUUACAAUCAUGCAGAAAGGAUUAUGUUGCAGCUGGGUAUUUCAAAGCUUGUUCUUUGGCCAAGAUUUAAUAUUCAGGUUGUUUCCUGUCUAAAUCAAAGCCAACCUGAUGUGGAAGAAGUUCACGUAAAGUUGACUUCAGAAAUGAUUAUUUGUCAGUCAUGUAUACUUGAUCUUAUGAAGGCGUCAUUAAAAGAAUUAUGCGAUCAAAAUCCAACACUAAAUACGGACGAUCUUACCUUAGAAAAAGCUUUGUUACCGAAUUUCGACAGUCUUAUCUCGUUAUACGUUGACCCUGUAUGGAAUCAGCUCAGUUCAGUUAGUCGACGUCUUAUCGGAGAUAUUGCCAGCUUGAGACGUUUACUACACUUAUUGAUUGAAGGAGAUGCUGUCAACUUUUUAACCAAUAUCGAAGGUUUACGUCAAGCCGCUCUAGCAAGUUUGGGCGUGACCCAAAAGAGUGAAAUAAAUUCAAGAAGGGCUGCUUCAAGAGGUUGUCCUAGUUGGUUUUUGAUGGACCAAGCUGAUCGUCUUUUGGCGUCUGCAAGGUCUCGUGUGUAUGCUGACUACAGCAAAAAAUUAUUAAAUGUUGAGAUUAGUCCAAAAUGGAAAGUACUUUCUGAACUACUAAAAGAAAUCUAUACCAACACAACUGAUCAAACAUCAAAUAGCACCAUAUUAAUUCUUGUCAGUCGCGAAAAUACAGCAAGGUAUCUGGAACGUUAUUUACAACGUGGAAUACAAUCAAUCAAGAAUUUUCUUGUUCAAACUUCAGAUCUACCUGAAUUACAGGCGCAUAAAAUAAUACGGAAGUCUCUCGAAUUAACGAAUACAAAAUGUUCUGGAGAAUCAUCUGUAACUAAUCUUACACAAAUUUGCAAAAAAUAUAAAUUUGAUGAAUUAUUUGAAGAUGAUGACAGUUCAUCUUCAUCAGAGGAAAAUUGUACAAUGGAAAAUACCGAAAAAAUCACUAGCAAUAAUAAUCGUUUGCCUUUAGGAUGUCAUGAAGUUAGCAUUCAUCCUAGUUUAUUAAUUUCAUCCAAUAUAAAGAUGUCUAAUUCACUUAGAAUUAUUAUACGUGUAGCACCAACAUUUUCAGGUGAUGAAAAUAGUCAGUUUUAUGGGUCAACAAAAGAUCACCCAGAUGUAUCGAAUUUAUUUAUGCAACAAUAUGGUUAUCGAUUAUCAUAUGUUUUAGAUGUUCUUCAACCUAAUUAUGUGAUAUUAUAUGAGCCUAAAGUAUCAUGGGUCAGAGAAUUAGAAGUGUACAAUGCACGUCUUCUAAUUCAACGUUUCUCGAAAAAUGAAUCUUCAAGUAACAUGGGAGAGCGUAAUAAUUCUUUACCUUCAUUAAAAAUAUAUUUUGUACUGUAUGAAAAUUCCGUUGAAGAACAACGAUAUUUAACAAGUUUACGUAAAGAAAAAGAAGCAUUUGAAUCUCUUAUUCAGCUAAGCAGUACUAUUGUUAUACCAAAAGAUACAACAAUACCAUAUGGAAAAUUGAACCCAGAUGAUAAUCAAGCCGUGUCUCGUGUAAUCGUAGAUAUGCGUGAAUUUCGUAGUGAGCUACCAGCACUCUUACACAGAAAAGGAUUAAAAGUAGAACCUAUGACUUUAAGUAUUGCAGAUUAUAUUCUUGCUCCGCAUUUAUGUGUUGAAAGAAAAUCUGUUAGUGAUCUCAUUGGUUCUCUUAACUCUGGACGACUAUAUCAUCAAGCUACUGCAAUGUCACGUCAUUAUGCAAGUCCAGUUCUUCUUAUUGAAUUUUCUAUACCUAAUAAAGUUUCUAGUUUAAAUCAUGGGAGCAAAAGAGGAUUUCAUGGAAAUGAAGCAGUUGGUUUUACCUUGUACACUGGGCGACAUGCAAUUAACCCUAGUUCAGAGUUUAAUUCCAAUCAUCUUUUAGCUAAACUUGUUUUGCUCACUAUUCACUUCCCUAAUUUACGAAUAUUUUGGAGCAUGACUCCCUAUUGUACUGCAGAAUUGUUUGCAGAGAUCAAACUUGGUCGGCCAGAACCAAGUGCUGAAAAACUUCCUCAGGAUGGUGAUCAUUUAGAGGAUCAUAAUGUUGAGGCUGUUGACAUGCUAUUAAAAUUACCAGGCAUAUCAUGGAAAAAUUAUCGGCGCAUAAUGAGUCAUGUUUCUUCGUUAUACGAUUUGGUUAACUGCAGUAUAGAAAGGUUAACAGAAAUUUUGGAUAACAGUGAAUCUGCUGUUAAACUGCACAAUUUCCUCCAUUCCAAAUGUAAUGGUUUAGUUUCAAAUGCUUCGACAGUUUCAGAUAUUGCUGAUGAAUCAUUCAAGUGUCCAAACAAACGUAAAGCCAGACUAAAUUUAUCAGCCAGUGUAAGAACACGUCGUGGCAAAGGUUGUGGACCUAGCAAAAGGUAGCUCGAUUUAAUCAAUAAUAAUAAAUAUUUGUAACAAAGUUGUACAUAAAAUAAAAUUUAAGUUCCUAUUCUAA